AGAAAUCAAAAGUUGGAGGGAUGAAAUCCACCAAGAAAAACCAACAAAUCCAACCCAAACCCAAAGCCUUAACCCAGGGGAAGGAACGGACGAGGAGGGAGAGCGGCCGACAAAAAAAGAAAAAGAAGAAAGAAAGAGUAGAUUUUUCUCCUCUCUCGAGCUUUCUCCUUUCUAAAAAACCCUUGCCACACAAGCAGAUCAGGGAUUGGAGGAGGAUUCGGCAGCCACCAAAAAAAAAUUCCCUAGAGUCUUCUUUUCUCCAAUCGUCCACCUCUCUCUGGCCCCUCGACUUGGAUCUCACCGCCAUUGUUGCUGAUCAUCUCUGAUCUCAUUAUCUUCCCCGAUCAACACCACAGAGCCACUCUCUCUACUCAAAACCACAAAAAACCUUUUGUAUUUCUUCUCUGUAACAGCCGCACAAAAGGGGACAAAAACGCAGAAAUUCCUCCCCUUCCUGGUAUCGGUUCUGUUUCUUCUCUGCUUAUCCGAUCUUCAUGCUCCACUAGCUCCGUUCUUGAACGGAUGGCGCCACAUCCAGCAGAGAAGAGGAAACUUCACGGAAAGGGCAGGGUAGGCUUGUACAAAGCGGCAUAAAGAGGCGAAAACCUGAGAUUUUGGGGGAGAGACCGCCGACCAAAAAAAAAAAAAAAGAGAGGUGAGAUCUGGGAUUUUCGGAGAGAGCCGGCGUCAACAAAAAAGAAAAAAAAAAGGAAAAAAAGGGGAGUCUGAGAAAGGAGGAAUUCUUUUUGGGGAGUGGCGUUGAAAUGAAGGAUCAUCGAGCUUCCAGAGGAACGACUGUUUUAGGGUUUCAGAAGAGCUGCAUUUUCUGGGUCUCACUGUUGCUAGGUAUAAUCCUGAAACAGAGGUUUUUAUUUUAGGGAAAGUAGUGAAGGAGAUGAUGGGAGCUUGAUCUCGUGGGUGGGAUCCUCCCAUCAAAUCCAGAUCUGUUUUCUUCCAAAAAAAUCCGUCAUGUUUCUUUUUCAUUUUUCUGUUGAUAUUUCCUGUUUAUUUUUUUUAGAUUUGAUGUUAAGCUUGUAUAUGUUUUGCUGGAAAAUGAAUGAAAAAUCAAAGACUGU